AUGUUCGAGAAGGUGGAGACAUACAAGCUGUUGGCGGAGCUUCGUAGUCGAGCAUCUCGAGUGGGCGAGGGCAAGUUGAAUAUUCUGUUGUUUGGCGCCCCGGGCUGCGGCAAGGGUACCCAUUCGGAGUGGUUGAAGGCCGAAAUGGGACUGUGCCAUAUUUCAACGGGUGAUGCACUGAGGGAGGAGAUUGCCUCUGGGUCUGAGUUGGGUAAGAAGGUGGAGGGCAUUUUGACGCGUGGUGAGCUGGUUGAUGACCAAACCGUCCUUGAUAUUGUUGCCGGGAAAAUGGCAAGGAAUCCGAAAGCUCCGGGGUACUUGCUAGACGGAUAUCCGAGGACCUUGGAACAGGCCCGUUCUUUGGAUGCCCUCUUGGCCGAGAAGAAUUCGCGAAUUACCGCAGUUUUGUACUUCAAGGCCUCCGAAGACACUCUAAAGUUCAGAAUCUGCGGACGACGAAUCCACAAAGCCUCAGGACGUACUUACCAUGUCGUAAACAAGCCACCCAAAGUAGAAGGAAAGGAUGAUGUCACGGGGGAAGACCUCAUGCAACGCCCUGACGAUAACGAACAAAGCCUGGUAACCCGACUCAAAACCUUCUACGAACAAACCGCCCCUCUUUUGGAUUACUACGGCGAACAACACAUUCUCAAUACCUUCAACGCCGAUGAAGAAGCAGCUUCCGUCAAGAGGGACGUACAAGCUGUACUCAAGAUCGGCGGCCAGCAAUGA